AUGGACGCAAAUGAGCUCGGGCGGUGGACGCGUUUCGCGGCGAAGGGAGGAAUUGGGAAAUGUUUUGCUGUGCAGGACUGUGUUGCAGAGGAGGCAGAGGACCUUAUGUUCCUCAAGGACGACGAGAUUGUGGUCCUGAUGCAGCUUCCAGGCCAAGAUGAUAUCUAUCUGGGAUACUGCGAAGGUGUCGUAGGACGGUUUCGUGGUUCCGACGUUCGAUUCCGAGGCCGCUUGAAGAAGCCCGUUAUGGCCAAGCGAUCAUCU